AAACAAUAGACGAUAGGUGUGUCGUCAUUUAUGAAUAAUCCAAUUUUGCACUCAAUCGUUUGCUUUAAUCAACACAUCCUAUUUCUUAGCCUGCUACAAAUUCGUUUUAAGGAACUCCUUCCAACCCCCAAUCUGAAAGAUUGAAAGGUUUCUGUGUUCAAAGAUCAAGAAAAUGGCGGAGGGAAGGAGGUCUGGUUCUGGUGGGUUUGUGGAUGAGAUGAGAUCAGUGGCUAUGAAAUUGCAUACCAGAGAUCAAGCAAGGGAAGGAGAAAAACAAAGUCAAGGAAAACCUUGGCGAAAAUGGGAACCCACCAUUGAUGGGUAUUUGAAGUUCUUGGUGGAUAGUAAGAUGGUUUAUGAUACCAUUGAUAUCAUUCUUCAUAAGGCUGAUUUCCCUGAAUAUGCCGAGUUUAGGAACACAGGGUUGGAAAGGGCUGAAAAUUUGGCAAAAGAUUUAGAAUGGUUCAAAGAGCAAGGUCAUUCUGUUCCUGAACCAUCAACACCUGGGGUCGACUACUCUCUUUAUAUCGAAGAAUUGUCAAAGGAAGACCCGCAAUCGUUCAUCUGCCACUUCUAUAAUACCUACUUUGCACACACUGCAGGUGGUCGGAUGAUUGGAAAAAAGGUUGCAGCAAAGAUCUUGAAUAACAAAGAACUGGAGUUCUACAAAUGGGAUGGUGAUCUUUCCCAACUCCUGCAGAAUGUUAGGGAAAAGUUGAAUAGAGUUGCUGAGAACUGGACCAGAGACGACAAGGACCAUUGUCUUGAAGAAACUGAGAAAUCGUUCAAAUUCAAUGGCGAUAUCCUUCAUUUGAUGUUGACAUGAUUAUGAGAGAAGCCUUAAAAACUGCUGCUUUUGAUGAUCUUCAAUUCCUCUUGUAAAAAGAACGCUACUUGAAUGUUUCUUUGUGCAUAAUCUUUAUUUUCUUGUAUCAAAGCUUUGAAAAACUCAAGAAUCUGUACGUUUUUAACUUGUAAUACCAGAAGAACCCAAUGACUA